AUUUUUACACCAGUCAACAGAAAGAGCAUCAUGGAGGUGUGUAUAUUCCUCCUUCAGUCUAUGAUACUUCUCCCAGGUGUUGCUGCCAACGUGCCUCAGGUGAUAUCAAUUCUCAAUCACACUGCACACAUAUCCUGCUCAUUUCAGAAGUCUCAGGAAAUUGACAUCAAAGACUUAAUAGUUUUUUGGCAAAAAGGUGAUGGCGAUGUUGAGGUUGUGCAUGAAGUAUACUAUGGCCAGGAAAUACACGAGAACCUUAGCCCUAAAUAUGUAAAUCGCACUAAGAUGGAUAUGGACAGAUGGACUUUACAAUUGCUAAAUGUGGAGAUCACGGAUGAGGGAUGGUAUACGUGUGUGAUACAGCACAGACAGAAAGCAUCAACAAAGAUUAUACACAAAUCUGGGUGCUCACUGCACAUCAUUGCCAACUAUAGUCAACCUGAGAUAGCACAGCUACAUACUGGGAAACUAAAGCCCAAUGACUACCUGCAUCUUUCCUGCUCUUCCAGCGGGGGCUAUCCAGAGCCCAGGCAGAUGGUUUGGCUAGUGUCACAAAAGAAUAUUACAUACAGACAUAUACAGCACAUGGAUGUAUCACAGGACGCUGUAACAAAGCUGUACAAUGUCACGAGCAAGUUGAAUAUCACAGUUCCUAUAAAUACUCUCACUAAUAUUAGCUGCUUACUUCACCUUGGAGAACCCCUGGGGAGUAUUGUCUCAGUGCCACUAGGCAUAGAGAUACAGGGGGAAGAAAAGGAACAAAUGAAGAUAAAUUUCUUUGGCCUACUUAUAGCUGUAAUUGUAGUGAUCAUACUUCUUCUGGUUUUUGUGAUAUUGAGGAAGAAGAAAAAUAUCUCAUCUACUCAACAGAGUGUCAGCCUAGCGGUUUAGAAGCUACCAACUAUGAACUGAGGCCACCCACCAGACUACUACCGGGAAGUAUCUCUGCACUUAGCAAGGCCUGGGUUUUUGGUAUUUUCAGAUACUUCAUCCAGGGCCAGAACAAGACUGUUCUCAGAACAACAUGCAACACUUUUGACUGAUGGAUGAAAUGCACUCUACAGUAUUCUCAUGCUCUUAUUUUGCUGCACAAUGGCAAAUGCAAUGACUUUCUUUUAUUCUUUGGCUACUCUCUGCUAAUCCAUGCAAAAGAUGAGUGCUUUAUGCCACAAUAGCCACUUGGUUUGACUGGCAGGCUCAGUUGCAUAAGGGAUUUAAUGGGCUUUGACCAAACAGUUGUCAGUGUCCGCCUCAGUGUUCUGCGUUAUUCCCUGACUACCAGAUGGACUUUCCUGGCUCCUCAUGCAGUUAUUCCACCUGUACUCCUGAAAACC